CCUUAUAUUUCAUCAUGGCGUCGCCGGUCCUUCCGGCAAGCGGAUGUACUACCGUGUCUUGUGUCCUUCAUAUUACAAAACUACAGAAUGACGGGCGACGUGGUAAUGCUGGACGAUCAUGUCCAGAAAGAAGAAGAGGUAGCUCAUUUUCAAGCACCUGCAAUUCAGCACAACCCUAAUGGAUGGGGUCCUUGCGAAUUACCUGACCAAUUCAAAGAUAUACCUUAUCAACCAUUUUCGAAAGGCGACAGAUUGGGCAAGAUAUCCGACUGGACAACUCCAGCUUUUCAGGACAAAAAAUUCCACAACAAGUAUACAUCGCAGUUUGGUUCAGGCAGUCAAUAUGCAUAUUAUCAUGAUGAAGAUGAAACAACAUUCCAUUUGGUUGAUACAACACGUGUGCAAAAACCACCUUAUCAACGAGGUGGUCGCUUCCGACAUAAUCAGAGAAACUUACGUGGUCGUGGUGGUCAACGGGGUGCCCUGAGCCAGAUGCAACAGCUUAGUAAACUGAAACUUCGUGAAAGAGAACGCAAAGGUCAAACAAAACGAUGGGGUAGACAGCAAGGGUUGCGCAAUCAUAAAAAUCAACCUCCCAUUAAAAUUCGCGAUGCAUCUGUCACUGUAAGACCUGAUUGGGUAACUAUCGAAGAAAUGGAUUUUCCUCGCUUGACAAAAUUAUCUUUACCUGGUGUUAAAGAUGGUGAAGAUAUUUUGUGCUGUGGUUCCCUUGAGUAUUAUGAUAAAACUUAUGACCGAGUAAAUGUCAAGAGUGAAAAACCAUUACAAAGAAUUGAUAGAAUUUUCCAUACAGUGACAACUACUGAUGAUCCAGUAGUCCGCAAACUCUCAAAAACAGAAGGAAAUGUCUAUGCUACAGAUGCGAUUUUAGCAACAAUUAUGUGUUGUACUCGAAGUAACUACUCUUGGGAUAUUGUAAUUGAAAAAAUUGGAGAUAAAUUAUUCUUUGAUAAGCGUGAUAACACUGAAUUUGAUUUGCUAACUGUGAAUGAAACUAGCGUCGAACCUCCACAAGAUGAUGGAAAUUCUUUAAAUUCUCCUAGAAAUUUGGCUCUGGAAGCUACAUUCAUCAAUCACAAUUUUUCGCAGCAAGUAUUGAAAUCCAGUGAACCUCGAUAUAAAUUUGAUGAAGGAAACCCGUUCAUUUCGGAAGAGGAAGAAGGCGAUGUUGCUAGUGUAGCAUAUCGAUACAGAAAAUGGGAUUUAAAUAAUGGAAUUGUUCUCAUUGCAAGAUGUGAACAUGACGCUGUUAUGCAAGGACCUAACAAUGAAAUGCAGUUUUUGACUAUUAAAGCAUUAAACGAAUGGGAUUCAAAAUUGGCCAAUGGUGUGGAAUGGAGACAAAAAUUAGAUACUCAACGUGGUGCGGUACUGGCAAACGAAUUACGUAAUAAUGCAUGCAAAUUAGCAAAAUGGACUGUCCAAGCAUUAUUAGCUGGCUCUGAUCAAUUGAAGUUUGGAUAUGUAUCAAGAGCAAUGGUUAGAGAUUCUAGUAAACAUGUUAUCCUUGGUACUCAGCAGUAUAAACCAAAUGAAUUUGCAACACAAAUCAAUCUUAAUAUGGAUAAUGCUUGGGGUAUUUUAAGAUGUAUUAUUGACAUUUGUAUGAAGCAGAAAGAUGGAAAAUAUCUUAUAAUGAAAGAUCCAAAUAAGCCGAUGAUAAGAUUGUACGAUAUACCGGACAAUACGUUUGAAAGUGAAGGGGAAGAAGAUGAAGACGAUGACGAGCCUGUCAAUGAUGCUUUUCAGAAUUAACAGAUUCAUAGCUUAUCUCAGCUUCUUCCAGAUAUUGUCUUAAAAUUCAUUGAUUUGUACCAUGAGCACACUCUGUAAGAGAACAAAAAUAUGGACAAAUAAACAAAUUCAAAUUAAA